GCUUAUAUCAAAAAUGCCUACAAAAGCUUCAUUUUUUUUCAACUUCUUCUUCUUUGACUUUUUUUUUUAUUCUCAUCUCUCCCAAAGAUUCAUUAUUCAUCUUCCUCCGAUUCAAUGGAGUCGAUCAACACCUUGAAAGGUUACGGCAAAGUAUCAGAUCAAGAAAACCAAAUUCAUCAUCAUUCUCCACUUCCCAAACCAUCUUCAUCCUCUUACCGUCAAACCCUAAUCGCCACCGUCUCAGUCGUAUCUCUCCUCUUAAUCCUCGCCGUCGUCGCUUUAACGGCCGGAGCUUUCACUCACUCUUCUCCUUCUCCUCCCCACCAUCCUCCUAUCUCCUCCGCUUCUCUCAAGACAGUCUGCGCCGUGACUCGUUACCCAGAGACUUGUUUCGAUUCUUUGUCUUCUCCUCUCAACGAAUCUGAUUCGAAACUGAGCCCUGAAUCAAUCCUGGAGCUUUCUCUUCGAGCCGCUUCUAAGGAAGUCUCGAGACUCUCUGUGUCUUUCCGAUCAAUCAACGAUAUGCCUGAGGACGCGGCGGUUGGUGAUUGCGUGAAGCUUUACACCGACGCGCUGAGUCAAAUCAACGAGUCAAUGUCUGAGAUCGAGAAGGAGACGAAAAAGGGAGGGAAUUUGUUGACGAAAGAAGUCGUCGGAGAUGUCAAGACGUGGAUCAGCGCCGCCAUGACCGACGGUGAGACUUGUUCCGAUGGGAUUGAAGAAAUGGGAACAGUUGUGGGGAACGAGAUCAAGAAAGAGAUGGAGAUGGCUAAUCAGAUGAUGAGUAUUAGCUUGGCCAUUGUUAGCCAAAUGAAGAAGCUUUUGGUGAUACUUCACUAAACAAAAUCACAAAAAGGUUGGAACUUUUUUCUCUUGUUUGUCAAUUUCGAAAUUCAUAUGUAUGUGUUUGUGUUGUGAGCUCUCUGUUCUUGGCUCUGCUCUGUAAGUAAUUACUAAUUACUACAUUUGCUUUUGUUUUUGGUAUAUGUAAUUUGAUGAAAAUGAAAAAUCUUGUAUUUUACA